AUGAGAUUCCUGGAUUCACUGAGAAGAAUAUGCGCGCGAUUGUAUAUGCCGGACCUCCUCGCCGAGCUACAGACCAUCUUCCAUAUCUUUGACCUCAACAGAGCCACCAUGAUUCAUAGGUCCUCCCUACUCGCCACUGCCCUGGCCCUCACCGUUACGGUCGUUGCUCAGUCGAUCCAAUGUGACUGCAAAGCUCGCCCGAACUGGGGCGACUGCUAUACCCUCAUCGAACCAUACCUGGUCAACCCUGGCACUUUUCCCGCCCCAGGAAAAGGAAAGGGGUCCUGUUCUACGUUUACGUUCCCCGACAAUUCUCUAAAUUGUCAAGUGGAGCUAUGUCCCGAUGAGGACAUUCCAAUCAGAACUUCGCGCGUUCAGCUAGCAUACAGCAUACUCAUGGCUACUUGUGAUCCCAAUGGUGCUGGCGGAACGUAUAUCACGCCAGACCCAGAUGGCUUCAGAUUCACCGCUGAGCUGAACCCGGACUUCGCCGUGGAGCCUCCAAGCGCAGUGGCCUUCAACGCCACUCAAGGAACCCAUGCGAAAGACAUAUUCAAGCGUCAGCAAGAUUCGGUUACCUCCUUUGAACUUGCCGCGACGUACAAGAGGAUCACCCGACCAGGCUCCAUCUACGACGUGGGACCCGUUAUCCCAGGUGGCGGCUCAAUCACCAAGACGGUGGAGACGUCUGAGACACAUAGUGUCUCCGCAGGAGUUUCUUUCAGUGCUGGGGUAAAGGAGAUCUUCAGCGCCGGUGCCAGUGUUGAGGUCAUGGACAGCUACACGGUCUCUAAUGCCAUGGGCGUGGAGGUCACUCUGAACUGCCCCGCGAACGCGCGCAAGGGCAGAUAG